GUUUGCGCGGCAGGUUUCUACUCUAUUUUAUUAUAAGGACACAAACCUUUACAGAAACAAAUAUGAGCAGUACAACAAAGUUUGUAAACGAAUUCUGUGAUAUUAUAGAUUCCUAUGGCGGCCGGGAUAAGGUAAUGAAAGCGCUUUGCUAUAGCGCCAAGCUUGUGGCUGGUUACCAUCUCAAGCGAAAUCCGGACUUGGCCAAGCGUUAUGCGAUUGCCAGCUCUAAGAUAUCGGGAGCUAGAGCUACGCUACGUCUGAUUGAUGAUAUACCCAUGAUACAGUAUGCACUGCAGUACGGGCUGGGAGAGAAUGAGCCGGAUCGGGUUAUGGCAAUGCUGGGCGUGACUGCCAAUAUAGUGGAUUUGCUGUAUUAUCCAAUCGAGAAGAUAUGUUGGCUGUCCGAGCACAAAAUUGUGAACAUAAAGCAUGCAGACAAUUGGGAUAAUGCAAAUUCAAUAUUCUGGGUGCUUUCGGUAUAUUUGAAUUUAAUGCGCACACUUCGCAACUUCUGGCUAAACCAGGAGAAACUUAGUCGCAAUCAUCAGCUUUGCAAUCCUACUAAUAUUGAUAAAAAGUCGCUUGCCAAACAUCGACUGGAAUUGAUGUCUAUAAUCCGCAUAUCUAUGGAUUUUGUGCAUGCCGUUAGCACUUUGCCUAAGGGAUAUCUAUGGGGUGGCAAGUUGUCCACCUUUCAGGUGGGCACCAUUGGCACACUGUCCGCUUGCUUGGGAAUUUAUCAAAUCUUUGCCAAGAGAAGACUGAACAAAUAGAACUUGGCAUCUCGGAUUUAAUUGUUGGUCAGCAUUUUUAGCCAGGCCGAAAGUGUAUGGUUAUAUGUAGGAAAACAGGAAACUUGUGUACAAUUUUUGUCAAACAGAUGUAUAGUUAUUAAAUAUUUAAGCACAACAAAAUAUAAAUUAUAAACUUAAGAAUUGAGUUGUUGUUCAACAGGGAGUGUAAUUUGAAAUGCUGAACUGUUUGUUUAUUGCAAUAAAUACGCAGUUGUGUUUUGGUCUGUGUGUCCUUUAUUAUCCAUUCCUUCUAUUUAUCCAUGUUCAUGAUAUAAACAAUACAUGUUCAGUUUGCAUACUCAGCGUUAUGUUUGCCUUUCUUACAGGCUUAUAUAUUGUCGACUCUGAGGGUAUAUAAUGUUUAAUCAUGCUUUUGCGUUAUGCACUAUUUUUGUCAGUUUAGUUAGCAGUCAUGAUUAUUGUUUUACAUUAAGUAUGCUUUUGAUUUGCAGUUUGUAUAUAGUUGUAUAAUGCAUUCCCGUUGCACAGUAUUUGUUCAGUAAUAAAUAAUAAUAUGGAAUGAAGGAGUUGAGUAAAUACUGACACUUCUAUGAGUUAAAUAGUUGUAGAGAUAUUUUCACAGCUGAUUGUGUGCUUUUAUCCGAUUAUU